AUGGCCACUGUCAACAACAUUAGGCUCCUUGGAGAAGAUUUCAGUGAAAGCAGAAUUGUUGAAAAGGUCAUCACCACUCUCCUUGAGAAAUUCAAGUCAAAGAUCUCUUUAUUGGAGGACUCGAGGGACUUAUCAACCAUCUCUUUGUCUGAGUUGGCAAAUUCCUUAUAUGCACUCGAGCAAAGGAGGGCCAACAGGGAGAAACCAAGGAGGGAUGUAGGCAAGAAGAGGUUUCCACCAUGCAUUCACUGCAAGAAAACUACACACUUGGAGAAGUAUUGCUGGUACAGGCUAGACAUUCAGUGCAAAAGUUGCAAACAAUUUGGCCAUAUUGAGAAGGUGUGCAAGAGUAAAGGGAAAGCACAUGUUCAACACCAAAUUCAAGCUCAGGCUGCUGAGGAUCUUCAAGCUCAGAAGGAGCAUGUCUUCACUGCCUUAUGUUUUACAACCUCAAACAAGGUUAGAUGUAAUUGCCUAGUGGAUAGUAGCUGCAUACACCAUAUGGCAGCUGAUGAAAAGCUAUUCAAGGACCUCGAUAGAAGCUUUGCCUUAAAGAUCAAGAUUGGCAAUGGGAACCUGAUUGAAGCCAGAGGCAAGAGAAAUGUGGUGAUUAACACUUGUUUAGGUAAUAAAGUGAUCUCUGACGCACUGUUUGUUCUUGAUAUAAAUCAAAAUUUACUUAGUGUUGGGCAGCUAAUAGAAAAAGGGUACUCACUUGCUUUUAAGAAUUAUUCUUGUGUUAUUGAAGACUCUCAUAGCUAA